AUGCAAUCUCGAAAGUUAGGUUUGAAAGCCAAAGGUAAAUGUGAACAUAACCUGAAGGAACCAUGGUGUGAAAGGAGAAUAACGCAGUCUAUUAACGGGACCAGAAAGCAUAUUAAAAUUCUGGAACGGAAAAAGAGAAAUGAAAAACGAGACUAUCAGGAAUUGGAUGGAAAAGAAAAAGGUGGAAAUGCCGUGCCGGAUGUUGAAGAACGCAAAAGAUUCUGGUCAAACAUAUGGUCUCAGGAGAAACAACAUGAAACUGAAGCAGAGUGGUUAAAGACACUCAAAGAGGAGAGUGGAGAGUAUCAGCCGGAGGAUUUGAGAAUAACCAAGGACAUGAUUAGAGAUCGAUGCAGGAAAAUUCCUAACUGGAAAGCGCCUAGCCCCGAUGGAGUUCACGGCUUUUGGCUUAAAAACUUGACAGCUCUGCACAGGAAAAUUGUGAGACAGAUGGACGAAAUACUGAGUAGUGACAUCCAAGUACCGGCCUGGAUGACAAAAGGAACAACGGUACUAUGUCAGAAGAACCCAAGUAAAGGGAAUGCAUUUGGAAACUUCCGAUCAAAAUCUUGUUUACCACUGGUGUGGAAACUGAUGACGGGCAUCCUAUCAAACAGCAUCUAUAAGUACCUAGAUGAGAACGACCUACUACCAGUGGAACGAAAAGUAUGUAGAUGUAAGAGCAGAGGAACAAAGGAUCAAUUACUCAUCGAUAAGACUACUCGAGCUGAUUGCAAGAAGAGACACAACAAUUUGGCGAUAGCAUGGGUGGACUACAAGAAAGCAUAUGGCAUGGUUCCACACUCGUCGAUUAUUGAAUGUCUUAAACUGCUUAAGGUCUCCCACAAUAUCCUGACGUUAAUACAAAGCUCAAUGGUGAAACGUGAUUCAACAGAGUUCUAA